UAAGAAGGAGGUGGGAAGCGCUCAAAUGACGCAGUAAUAAUCCUGAAAAGAUGUGUCCAAUCCAGGAGCUGAGGCUUCGUGUGUGGUGUGCCGCCUGAACUCACUUCUCUGUGGACCCGCGUUUGGAGCAGCCCAGAGCCAGAGGGACAGCGGGACAGCGGGACUCAUGGAUGCCACAUGCUGACCUGCGCGCCCCCGGUACAUGCUCCUUGGGCGCGUGCACAGCCAGGUGCUGACAGCUCGGACACAUAGAGCGCGGUUUGCUGUGCGCCUGAAGAUGCGUUCUAACGCAGUCCUCGCGUACUUUGUGGCGGUCCUCAGCGUUGUCCUCCUCACUCCGUGCGUCUGCGAGGACGUAGACGUGCUGGUGUUCCUGCCCCAAAAUAACUCAUACCUUUUCUCCCGCGCCAGGGUCGCACCGGCGAUCCUUUACGCACAGCAGAGACUCAAAGCGCACGGGGGACCGCUCUCCGAGAUGAAUUUCAACAUCGAUUUUGACCAGUCGGACUGUGUGAACGCAGCCCUCUUCUCCUUGGUGGACAGGUCGUGCACACGGCGGCCAGACGUGAUCCUGGGGCCGGUGUGUGAGUACGAGGCUGCGGCGGUCGUGCGCCUGGCGUCCCACUGGCACAUCCCAGUCAUCUCCGCAGGUGCGCUGGCCACGGCCUUUAGCGACAAGAGUUCCGAGUAUUCUCACCUCACGCGCAUCGCUCCAUCCUACGUGAAAAUGGCCGAGACGUUCAGCGCGAUGUUCGAACACUUCUCGUGGAGCUCCGCGCUGCUCAUUUACGAGGACGACCGUCAGGAGCGGAACUGCUACUUCACUCUGGAAGGCGUCUACCACCUGAUGAGCGGCUUCAACGUUAAAACAUACCAGGUGUACGAGGGCGAGCGGCUGGACACGGAGGACGUGGUGCAGAGCAUCUCAGACACUGAAGUGGUCAUCAUGUGCAUGGGGGCAGACCAGAUCCGCAACGUUAUGUUGGCCGCUCACAGACACAGUCUGACCAACGGAAGUUACAUGUUCUUCAACAUCGAGCUCUUCAAUGCCUCCUCCUAUGGGGAUGGCUGGUGGCGGCGGGACGACGCCCAUGAUGCGGAGGCCAUGCAGGCAUACAGCUCUCUGAACACUCUUACCUUGCUCAAGAGCUCCAAGCCACAGUUUGAGAACUUUACCCUGGAGAUGAGGGGGGCCCUGAGGCGCGCAGGCCUCCAUGAUAGUAUUAAUCUGUUCAUGGAGGGCUUCCACGAUGCCCUGCUGCUCUAUGCCAUUGCUCUGCAGGAGGCACUGCAGAGAGGGCAUAGCAAGAGCAAUGCCUUGGAAAUCACCUCCCGCAUGUGGAACCGCACCUUUGAGGGUAUUGCUGGCCCAGUAUCCAUAGAUGCCAAUGGGGACAGAGACGGGGACUUCUCCCUGAUGUCCAUGACAGACACUGAGGCAGGGACAUUCGAGACAGUGGCCAGUUACUUCGGGGAGAAUGGGACGUUUCAGAUGCUGCCGACCUUCAACAGAGAGCAUUUCACACUGAGAGGCCGUGUACGCCCGCUGCCUGACACUCCCGACAAAUCUUGUGGGCUCGGAGUGUCUGCUCUCACCGGAGUCAUUGUGGGAGCUGUUUUGGGAAUCACACUGCUGGUGGCAUUCUUCUUUUUAAGAAAAAACUUUAAGAUUACGAUAGAGCGACGGACGCACCGAGACCAGUGUGAGGUGGGCAAGAGGCGCCAACUCAGAGAGGACUCCAUAAGGUCCAGCUACUCGGCAUCCUGAAGUCCACCAUCCUCCAGUCCAGAAUCCUGAAGACGCAAAGUCCAGAAUCCUAAAGUUUACCAUUCUUAAGUACAGAGUCCUGGGGUUCACCAUCCAAGUCCUCAGGUCCAGCGCCUUAAAGGGCCCGCAUUACGCUAUUUCUGAUCCGAUCUAAGUUUAAUGUUGUUUCCUCAUCAAAUACAUACAUGGAGUUGUGUUUUGUUUCAUUUGCAAAUGUUUAACACACAAAUCCUGCAUAUUUAGGCGUUUUUUCUCUCAAACAGAAAACACUGUGUUCUACCUAGCGAUUUCAUUUGAUAAUACAGGAAGUGCUCCAAUGUCUUUUUAAACUCCAUACACCUUCACUAGAAUUAUUUGGAUGAUUUCAGACCUGGAAUUGCCAAUCUCUACUGAAAAAAGGUAAAAGGUAACUGGUAACGUGAAAACUACCACUACAUGACAUCACAAGGUGCAACAGAGCAUUUUGAAGUUUGGAGAUGUAGAAAGACUAAUAAUAAAGGUUUGCUCAAACAUGUGAAUGAAACAAAACACAACUCCAGGCAUGUUUUUGAGGAGGUUUAAUGUCUACAAUCAGGAAGUUGAAAAUUCAACAAGACCAGAAUACUAAAGUCCACUAUUUUGAAGAUCAGAGUCCUGAGGUCAAACAAUCAAAGUCUACAGUGCUCAAUUCCAGCAUCUUAUGAUCUAAAAUCCUCUAGUCCAGAUCUUCAGAAUCACGAAGUCCAGAAUGAUAUAGUCCAGUGUCCUGAAAACCAGACUGCCAAAGUCCACCCUCCCUAAGUCUAGUCCAAAGUCCAGUCUCCUACAGUCCGAGACUCCAAACCAGUGCCUCCUCAUGGCACAGUGACUCAGAUGUGUAAAUACUGUUUUUAAAAAUAUAUGAAUGAAUGUAUGCGAUGACUGUCUGAGUGCCUUCCGUGUAUGACUCCUCUGUCUCAGGGUUGUAUUGUGUUGUAAGCUGUUGUAAGCUACUGGCAUUAAACUACUGACACAAACUG